AUGAAUGAGUCUUUCACACUGAUUUAUGCAGCUUACCAGGACAUGGGCUCAGUCAAAUAUGUACUUUUCACAGCUAUUUUUUUGGUAUACCUUGUCUCCCUGAUAGUCAACAUUUCUGUUUUGCUUUUGAUUUACUUGGACAUUUCUCUCCAUAAGCCAAUGUACAUAUUUUUAUUUAGUUUAAUUGCAAAUGGGUUGAUUGGAAGUACAGCUGUUUGGCCAAAGGUGAUGGCCAUGCUCUUAACAGAUGUAAAUACAGGAUCAUACAAAGGCUGUCUCAUUCAGAUUUUCCUAAUUGGAGCCUAUGGAGUAUGUAAUUAUGCAAUACUAACAGUGAUGGCUUAUGACAGAUUUGUCUCUAUAUUUCAGCCUUUGCAAUACCAUACCAUCAUGACCCCACAGAAAGUGAAACAAUUGUCAUUUGCUGCUAACUUUGUGCCCACAGCUUUUUUACUUGUUCAGAUAUGUCUGACAACUCAGAUUUCCCUGUGCCAUGAUACGAUUCAUAAGGUUUUCUGUGAUAACCUGUCUGUUUUAAGUUUAUCAUGCACCAACAGCAUUCUCAAUCAUGUAAGCAAUGUGUAUGGAAUAUUUCUCCUCAUUGCUUUUGCUGUUCUCCCUGUAUGUGUCAUAUUUCUCUCAUAUUUCAAAAUUGUGUUGUUAACACGCAAGGCUUCAACAAAUGCAAGGAAAAAAGCCCUUGAAACGUGCACUCCACAUUUAGUUAUUUUUAUCAAUUUCUCUGUGGCCUUUUUUUUUGCUAUUAUAUAUAAUCGUGUUAGUGACUAUUUACCAAAUGAGCUUAAUGCAUUUGUGUCCAUGAAUUACGCACUUUUCCCCUCACUUAUGCACCCGGUUAUAUAUGGUUUAAAAAACAAGGAAAUUCAACACUGCCUCUCCAAAAUGUGGACAAAGGCCAUGUUUGCAGUAUCUCAAAGAUAG